CUCAGUCCAGAUUUAGACCCCCAGUCCUCCGGACAGCUGGGCACUCAGACCCAGCUGUCCGGAGGACAGGAGAUCCUCACCAAACUCUGUUCCACUGUUCCCGUUCUUUCUCCUGGCUGUCUUCAACUUGUCUUUACACCUUUAUCUUCAUCACUUCAUGGUCUAACAUGGUCGCCAGGCCUCUCUGGCCUCUCUGUGCAGCCUGCUGUGCAAUCUGAUGCUCUGGUCUCCACAGAGGCAGACCUCCCAGUCCUCCUGGCCAUGGAUUCCUUUGCAGAGAUCCCCUUGUUUGAGAUGGAUGAGUAUGAGGAAGAAGAUGUUCUCUCGCUGAGGAGCAGAGGUGUCUGUACAUAUGCCACAUACCCCAUGGCGCCCCCUGCAGGAGCAGCUCCUGACACCAACAUUUACAUGAAUUUCAUGAAGAGUCACAGUUGCUAUGACGCCAUGCCUAGAAGCUCCAAACUGGUCAUCUUUGAUACAACGCUGCAGGUGAAGAAGGCUUUCUUUGCUUUGGUGGCGAACGGCGUGCGGGCGGCACCGCUGUGGGACAGCAAGCUGCAGUGUUUUGUAGGUAUGCUAACCAUUACAGACUUUAUUAACAUCCUUCAUCGUUACUACAAGUCUCCCUUGGUUCAGAUCUACGAACUGGAAGAACACAAAAUAGAGACAUGGAGAGAAAUCUAUCUGCAGUUUUCAGUCAACAGACUCAUCAGCAUCAAACCUGAGUCCAGUUUGUUUGAUGCCAUCUACUUCCUGUUAAAGAAUAAGAUCCACCGGCUACCAGUUAUUGACCCAGCUUCUGGAAAUGUCCUUCACAUCCUGACUCACAAGCGGAUCCUCAAAUUCCUUCACAUCUUUGGAUCCAUGAUUCCUAAACCCAAGUUUCUUCAGAAGCAGAUCAAUGAGGUGCCGAUUGGUACCUUUAGGGAGAUUGCAACAAUCCAGGAAUCUGCUUCUGUCUAUGAAGCUCUGGCUAUUUUUGUGGAAAGAAGAGUGUCAGCCCUUCCUGUGAUUAAUGAUCAAGGUAAAGUUGUGGCACUGUACUCCAGAUUUGAUGUCAUUAACCUUGCUGCUCAAAAAAAUUACAACAAUUUAAACAUGACAAUGAAAGAGGCCCUCGCUUCGAGAUCUUGCUGGGUUGAAGGAGUCCUUAAAUGUUAUCCACACGAAACACUGGAGACCAUCAUCGACCGCAUAGCUAAAGCUGAGGUCCAUCGACUAGUUUUGGUCGAUGGAGAAGAUGUGGUGAGAGGGAUUGUCUCUCUGUCUGAUAUUCUGCAAGCCCUGGUUCUCACUCCUGCAGUGUCAUCACUUCCUUCUCCUAAAGUUCCAACCAGCAUUUCCCAGAUAUUUACAAGUGGCCAACCUUUCAAGUCUGAAGAAAACAAGAUGGCGACUGAUGAUGUAAAACAGGAUGAUAACAAAGUGAAGAACAGAGCUUAACAACAGCCAACGAGACAGAUGUGUAAAGUGAAGACAGUCAAAUGGACUUUGACACAAGGUUGAAGGUUGUCCCUUUCUCAGAUAAAACAUCCUGGUGGGGAACAAAAGAAAAGCAGGAAAAAAAAGUGAAACUCAAGACAUGAAAACAUAAUUAAACUUUUUGAAUUGAGGCACAUUUGCAGCCAUUUGGCUGCACAUUUGCAGCCAAAUAACAAACAUUUCUUAUUCAAAAAUUGAAUGUUGGAACUGUGAUGAUGCUUACGGAAAUGUACUUACAGUCUUAUCACUGUGAAAAAUAAAUGUAUAACUGUG